AUGGUUGCACUCAAAUCUUACCACGUCCCAAGUCCACAAGAUGCACCUCGUGCACUUCUUACUUUCCUUCUUGCAGCUGCACCAUCUCCCGCUCUCGCACAAGACAUCCACACCCGUUUCGAUGAUCAUUUGGCAAGCAUGAUCAUUGCUCACAUGUCCGGCUUCCUUCCUCACGAGGCCGAGCAACUCACCAUUACUGGUGCUCCCGGAACCAUCGGCGAGGUCAAGACCUCCGUCGUCUGGGUCCAGGUACCCUCUGAAAAUGGCACCGUGCAUCUCGAGCUCGUACAUCGUUUCAAAGUUGAGAUGGAGCACAACUGGUAUGAGGCCAGUGACAGCCCCAUACCUCUUUAUUCCCCUGAAUCUCACUCCGAGGAUGCUCAGCUCCCUCCCCUCUCCUCAUUCAUCCCUGCAGGCUCCAACGCCCCCUCCUGCUCCACCAAGAAGGUUGGUGGUCGCUUCAGGAAGGGUAAGGCUGUGGCAGAUCUCCGAAAGAGCAAGGCUGUCAAGGAGGGUGCCACAUGGUCCAGUGGCCCUGCAAUUCCUGACUUCCCCAAAGCAUAUUACAAUGUCUUCCCAUGGGGCACCAAUGAUCCUGUUGAGGCUGCGGAAAGGAAGGCGCUGAGUGAGGGAGAUGCACCCACAGAUCCUUCUUACGGUCGCGUCCAAUCCUCUGAGUUGGGUGAUAAGCUCGCAAGUCCGGCAGGGUGGCACGCCCUGCCGUGGGGUGUAGACCCCAGCAUUAGUGAGGAAGAGAAGACUACACUUCAAGCGAAAGACCUCAUGCGGAACGGCAGGCAAGUUCUGGCGCUGUCUUCUUAG